CAUGGCGUCAGGGCAGACACGCAAGAUGCUGGCGCUCAGUGUCUGUGCUAUAUAUUUGUUAUUAACGCUCGUUCCUAGCUCGAUCUCCUCCUCGCUCCGGCUUCGCCAUGACCGGAGAUUCAUGCUCCCGCAGGACCGGGGUUUCUCUUUAGUGAGUGCACACCGGGAGCAUGCAGAAAGUCGUGUCGUGCGACUGGAGAAGGAAGUCAGGGAGGCUUCAGCCGCGCAUCAACACCGAGUUCGACGGAAUGCUGCUGAAGCGCCCGUGCCAAAGGUUUAUGGAAGGGCCAACCUGAAUGACUCUCAUAAUCAGAUGGUUGUCCACUGGGCUGGCGAAAAGAGUGAUGUCAUAGUAGCAUUAGCAAGAGACAGCAUUGGUGCCACAGACCCUAAGACCAGCUCUGUGUAUGUGUCCUAUGACUAUGGAACCACCUUCACCCACAUAUCAGAAAGAUUUCAACUGUCUGGGGACAAGGAGGGCAAGAAACAGGUCAUCUCCCAGUUCUACCACAGCCCUGCUGACAAUAAACGAUACCUGUUUACCGACACCUUAAACAGUUAUCUGUGGAACACCUUUGACUUCUGUAAAAGUGUCCAGGGCUUCUCCAUCACAUUCAAGCCCACAGAUUUACUGCUGCAUAGUAAGAGGCCAAACCUGGUCCUGGGUUAUGACAGUUCACAUCCAAAUAAACAGCUGUGGAAAUCUGAUGACUUUGGUGAGACGUGGGUGUUAAUUCAGGAACAUGUGAAGUCCUACUUGUGGGGUGUAGAGCCGUACGACAACCCCACCACAGUGUUCGUCCAGCGGAACGAGCCCCAAGGAGACUCUAGCAUCCUCAGCAGCACAGACUUCUUCCAGACAGAGCAAAACCGCAGAGUAAUUCUGGAGAAAGUGGACAGCUUCCAGCUACGAGACAAGUACAUGUUUGCCACCACCACCAGGACAUUGUUGGGAAGUCGUGAACCUCAGUCUGUUCAACUGUGGGUUUCCUACAAUCGCCAGCCAAUGAGAGCAGCCCAGUUUAACACCCGCCACCCUAUUACAGAGUACUACAUAGCAGAUGCUUCAGAGGACCAGGUGUUCGUGUGUGUGAACCACAAUAACAACGUCACACACCUGUACAUCUCAGACACACAGGGCCUGGCCUUUUCUCUGUCCCUGGAGAAUGUGCUGUACUACAGUCCUGAUGGCUCAGGGAGCAACACCCUCAUUAGGUACUUUGCCAAUGAGCCAUUUGCAGAUCUCCACCGGGUGGAGGGGCUGAGGGGGGUGUUUGUGGCCACUCUGAUCAAUGGCUCAGUCACUGAAGACAACAUGAGGUCAGUCAUCACUUUUGAUAAAGGAGGAACCUGGGAACUUCUGCAGCCACCCGCAGCAGACAGCCUGGGAGGAACCAUAGACUGCCAGCUGGACAAUGGCUGUUCCCUGCACUUGGCCCAACGGUGGAGUCAACUGCUGAAUAUUCAGUUGCGCAGGAUCCCUAUUCUGUCUAAAGAGUCUGCACCUGGUCUCAUCAUGGCAACAGGAUCUGUGGGGAAGAAUCUGGCCAACAAGCCCAAUGUUUAUGUAUCCAGCAGUGCUGGGGUCAGGUGGAGAGAGGCCCUGGCUGGUCCUCAUUUCUACACCUGGGGAGAUCAUGGAGGGAUCCUGAUGGCUAUCGCACAGGGCGGCUCUACAAGAACACUCAAGUUCAGUACAAACGAGGGGGAAACCUGGAAAGAGUUCCAGUUCUCUGAGCAGGAUGUGUAUGUCUACCAGCUGCUGACAGAACCGGGGGAAAAGAGCACCAUCUUCACCAUUUUCGGGUCUUACGCGGACCAGAAACACAGCUGGCUCAUCGUGCAGGUCAAUGCCAGUGAUGUUCUGGGUGUGCCAUGCUCGGAGGGUGACUAUAAACUCUGGUCUCCGUCUGAUGAGAGGGGAAAUGAUUGUCUGUUGGGCAGAGAGAUGGUGUACAAGCGCCGCUCACCCCAUGCCACCUGCUUCAACGGCGAGGACUUCGACAGGCCUGUAACUCUGUCAAACUGCUCCUGUAUGCGUCAGGACUAUGAGUGCGAUUAUGGGUUUAAGCUGAGUGGGGAUCUGUCUCUCGAGGUGUGCAUGCCUGAUCCUGAGUUCUCUGGUAACCUGUACGCCCUUCCAGUGCCCUGUCCCAUGGGCACCACGUAUCGCCGCAGCAAAGGAUACAGGAAGGUUCCUGGAGACAGCUGCAGUGGAGGAGAUGUUGAAGCUCGACUCGAUGGAGAAAUGCUGCCCUGUCCUGUAGGAGAGAGUAAUGAGUUUAUCCUGUAUGCGGUAGAGAGCUCCAUCCACCGCUAUGAUCUGGCCACUGGCACUGACCAGCCACUUCCCCUCUCGGGUCUCCAUGAGGCAGUGGCACUGGAUUUUGACUAUGAGAAGAACUGCUUAUACUGGGCUGAUAUUUCACUAGACACCAUACAGAGACUGUGUUUGAAUGGAAGCUCAGGACAGGAAGUGAUUAUCAAAAAGGACCUACAAAAUGUGGAAGCUCUGUCAUUUGACCCCAUCAGCAGGUUGCUGUACUGGGUGGAUGCUGGUGCUCAGAAAAUUGAGGUGUCCAACUCUGACGGAGAUCUGAGACGCACUCUGCUGAACUCUUCAGUUCUGGAGCACCCGCGAGCUCUGACUCUUGUACCUGGAGAGAGCUUGUUGUUUUGGACCGAUUGGGGCGAUCAUGUGGCGGGUGUCUACCGCAGCUGGAUGGACGGUUCCAACGUUUCCUGUAUUGUGUCAGAGGGAGUUCGCUGGCCCAAUGGCAUCACAGCCGAUGAGAGCUGGUUGUACUGGACCGAGGCGUAUGGAGACCGCAUCGAGAGAUCCGACUUCAAUGGAGGUCACCGCACUGUACUAAUGGAGGGCCUGCCACACCCCUAUGCUAUUGCUGUUUUUAAGAAUGACCUGUACUGGGAUGACUGGUCCAGAAUGGGCAUCUUCAAAGCUCCUAAAUCAGGCUCACUGGACAGUGAGUUGUUAGUGGGCAGACUGACAGGAGUGAUGGAUCUUAAGAUCUUCUACAAGGGGAAAAACAGAGGUCUAAAUGCUUGUGCUGACCAGCCAUGCAGUCUGAUGUGUCUUCCCCAGCCUGGAAACAAACAUCAUUGUGUGUGUCCAGAUGGAGUUUCUGCCACGACCCUGCCUUCAGGAGAGCUCCAGUGUCAGUGUCCCAGUGGAUACCAGCUCCGCAAUAACACAUGUGUUAAGACAGAACACACCUGUCUGCCGAACCAGUACCGCUGCUCUAAUGGGAAGUGCAUCAGCAGCAUCUGGAAGUGUGACAGUGACAAUGACUGUGGUGACAUGAGUGAUGAACAGGAGUGCCCCACGACUGCUUGUGAUCCUGCGGUUCAGUUCCACUGUGUGGAUUCUGGUUCCUGCAUCCCGUUGGCCUUCAAGUGUGACCACGAGGAUGACUGUGGAGAUAACAGUGAUGAGGAGCACUGUGAGUCUCAUCAGUGCGGUCCUGGAGAUUUCACUUGCGCAAGAGGUGUGUGUAUUCGGGAUGCCUGGCGCUGUGAUGGGGACAAUGACUGCAGGGAUUGGUCAGAUGAAGCCAACUGUACUGGGAGCCACCACACAUGUGAGAGCAGUAGUUUCCAGUGUCACACAGGUCAUUGCAUCCCUCAACGCUGGGUGUGUGAUGGAGAUGAUGACUGUCAGGAUGGCUCAGACGAGGACCCAACCCACUGUGGGGGUGAACAAUGCAAUGGCUUCCUUUGUGCUAACGGCACCUGCCUUCCUGCUAGUGUUCACUGCAAUGGCAUGGAGGACUGUAUAGGGGGCGCUGAUGAGCAACACUGUGAUCCGCUCUGCACGCGGUAUAUGGAGUUUGUGUGCAGGAACCGAGCACAGUGUCUGUUCCAGUCUCUGGUGUGCGAUGGUACUCGGCACUGUGCCGACGGAUCCGAUGAGGAUGCAACGUAUGCUGGAUGCUCAACUAAUCCAGAGUUUGAGAAAACAUGCGAUGGCUACAACUUCCAGUGCACCAAUGGAAUGUGUGUGACUCUGGAGUGGAAAUGUGAUGGCAUGGAUGACUGUGGUGACUACUCAGACGAGGCCAACUGUGCUUCCCCGACUGAAGAGCCAGGCUGCUCGCGUUACUUCCAGUUUGAGUGCAAGAACGGCCGCUGUGUGCCUGCCUGGUGGAAGUGUGAUGGGGAAAACGACUGCGGUGACUGGUCAGAUGAAGCUCAAUGUUCAGGUGGCGGAACUCCUCAUACACCUGUUCCGGGCCCAGCAACCUGUGCUCCCAAUCAUUUCCGCUGCGGUUCUGGAGCGUGUAUUGUGAACACCUGGGUGUGUGAUGGCUAUGCGGAUUGUCCUGAUGGCAGUGACGAAGUGGGCUGUCCGACAGCCAAUGGCUCUGUGACUCCAGUGGCAACUCAUGCUCCUCCCCCAUCAGGCCGCUGUACUAAAGAUCAGUUCCUCUGCCUGAAGCCCCCGACCUGUAUCGCUGACUGGAAGCGCUGUGACGGACACCCUCACUGCCAGGAUGGGUCUGAUGAAACCAAAUGUCCAACUCGUGGGCCGUUGCUCUGUAUGAACGGUAUCCUGUGUGCGGAUGGCGAGGCCUGUGUUCUCAAUAGUGAGAGGUGUGAUGGCUUUAUGGACUGUUCUGAUCACAGCGAUGAAGACAACUGUACUGUGGAUUCGCUAGUCUACAAGAUUCAAAAUCUGCAGUGGAGUGCCAACUUCUCUGGUGCUGUGACACUCACCUGGUCGAGACCCAAAAACAUGCCCACAACCUCCUGCUCUUUCAUCAUCUACUAUAGGCCGGUGGGUGUCCAGCAAUGGACUGUUAUGGACACAAACAGCAAUAAGGGCAGUGCCACGCUGACCGUAUUGAUGCCGGACACCACCUACCAGGUGAAGGUGCAGACUCAGUGUCUCAGCAAGCAGCACAGGACCAAUGAGGUGCUCACACUGCGCACACCAGAAGGAUUGCCGGACCCUCCACAGGGUCUGCAGCUGAGCUGUGGCAACGAAGAGGAUGGGACAGUGCUGUGCUCCUGGAGCCCCCCGGAUAAAGCACACGGACUUGUCAGGGAGUAUAUUGUGGAGUACAGUGAAAAAAACAGCGCAGAGUGGUUUUCUAAGCGGAGCUCUGUCACUAGUGCCCAAGUGAAGAACCUGCAGCCCAGUUCGCUCUACAGAUUCAGGGUGGCUGCUGUUACAAGCAGAGGGGUUGGAAACUGGACAGAAAUUAAAUCCAUUGUUCCUCAAAGAGCUCUGUCUCCACCAACUGUUGAGAUCACUAGCUUCACGGAGGACUCUAUGAGUUUGUCCAUCACCUCUGAUUAUAAGGUGAAGGAGUACGUUGUCAUCAUUUCAUGGGUGUUUGAUGAACACGUGAAGGAGAGCUGGAAUUACACAGUUUCAGGAACAUUGAAAGUUACAAAUCUGACAGCGGGUACGUUGUAUGAGGUGGCGGUGUGGGCUCACACAGAUGAUGGAGACAGUCCUACCGCUCUGUCCCGCCAGCAGACCAAAGGGGCCAAACCUGAUCAGCCCUCACUGAAGGCCCGUGCACUUAACCAGACCGCUGUGGACUGCAGCUGGACCGGUCCUCAGGCUGAGAUGUAUGGAGUGUUCUACGCCACCUCAUUCCUGGACCUGUACCGCAGACCUCACCAGCAGAUCACCACCUCCAACAGCCUAACUCUCAUCGUAGACAGCGAUGAGCAAUACCUCUUCCUGGUGAGGGUGAUCUCUCCAUACCUGGGUCCUCCAUCUGAAUAUGCUGUAGUGAAGAUGAUCCCCAAUGAGCGACUGCCCCCCCGAAACCUGCAUAAAGUGCGAGUGGAUAAGACACAGGCCACUCUGAAGUGGCAGCCACCGUACGAUUCUCCCGGAAGUCCUCUGACGUAUGCAGUGCAUGUGAGAGACACGGUUCGUAAAACGGAGCGGGACUAUAAGGUUAACACUCAGAAUAACACAGUGGAGUACACGCUGAAGGGCCUGGAGCCUGGGGGACGAUACAGCAUCACCAUCAGACUGCUUAAUAUGAGCAAAGAAGCCAGCUACAUGCUCAACACUGUUCCUCUGCCUGCACCUGAAGCCCUUAAGAUCAUAGAAGAACAGGACCAUGUGUUCCUCUUCUGGAAGAGUCUGGCUGUGAAGGACCAAAGCUUCAAUGAGAGCAGGGGUUAUGAGGUGUACGUGCAUGACAGUGUGACCAACUCCUCUUCGUGUUUGGGCAACACCACAGAGACUUUCUUCAGGAUCAACAGCCUGCUAGUGGGCCAUAACUACACGUUUUCAGUGCGGGCACGCUGCCUACUCAACAACCAGCUGUGCGGAGAGUCUGCGGUGCUGUUAUAUGAUGAACUGGGGAAAGGAGCAGGGCCCAAUGAUGCUGCAGCUCAGUCAAGUAAAUCAGGAGACACGGCUGCGGUGGUGGUUCCAGUGUUGUUCCUGCUGUUGGUGGGUGUGUGUGGAGGUCUGGUGGUGCUUUACCUCAGACAUCGUCGGCUACAGCACAGCUUCACAGCCUUCGCUAACAGCCACUACAACUCUCGUCUGGGCUCUGCUAUUUUCUCCUCAGGAGAUGAGCUGGGUGAUGAUGAUGAAGAUGCUCCAAUGAUCAGUGGAUUUUCAGAUGAUGUUCCCAUGGUGAUUGCAUAGCUGGAUGACUCUUUCUCUUCUCCUUCACAUGAGCCCCCUUCCUCUCGAGCCCCCAUCACCUUAGAAAGGCUGGAUUUGAGUUUCAGGACCCGAAGGAAGAAACAAAAGCAUGGAGCAAAAGAGAUAUUUUUGAAUAUAAGAUGCACUUUUUUCGGAUGCGCAAUAACUUAUUUUUAUAUAUAUAAUAUAUGUGGGUAUUGGACUUUGUAGGCAUUAACUGAAGCAAACUGUGAAGGAGUUUGUUAACUGAUCAGUCACUGAACAGGGAAAAGACCCUUAUCGUACAACAAGCUCUCACACAAGCAUUACAUUUGCUUAAAGCCAAAAUAUACACCUAGCUAUGGGUACAACAUAAGUGCAAAAACAAACAAAAAAGACACAAAAGGAAAAAUUCUAUAAAAAUCAAACCUCAUUUAUGUGUACAGAUGAAAAAAAUGGACCAAUGAAUGCUGAUGAUAAGGGAAGGUGGUACGUAGACUGAUGACAGCAAAUUGCACAGGAUUUGAUUUUUGCUACAUAUGCUCGAUUUGUCACUUUAUGUCAGUAGGCCUGCAUUUGUCCACAGUACCUUGUUUACACUUUGUAUCCAUUUGUUAAUUUUUUUUUUUUUUUUUUUUUUUUUUUUUUUUUGCUGUUAGCAAUAAAUUUAUUCCCUCUGCUUUUUAAAAAUGUGAAAUUUGUAACAUAUGUUUGUUGUUUUAUCAGUUAUUUUCAGAUGAGAAUGACCAAAAUGAGAAGACAUUGAAAAUGUCUUUCAGACAAAAACAUAUCGGUAACAAUUAUAUGAGUGUUGUUCAGUCUGUACGAAUAGCUUAAGCUUACUGUCUGCUAUUUUCCUUUGUUUUAUCUGACUAAUUUUAUCUAGCAAAAAUAUUAUUGCAUAUCCUGUGUGCUGCCAUUGUUUUAGUCCUUUAGUGUUCUCAGGGAGCUGGGUUAAUGUAGAUUGUACCAGCGUUUCAGUCACACCGCCACAGGCAGCGCAGUGUGUUUGAUUCUGAGACUCUGUACAGUAGUUCCAAAUUGCAUUGAAGCCUUUGCAGUUCUUGUCAUAGCAUAAGGCUUCAUUCUAGUCUUUUGUGCCAAGCUUACAUAAAAGCAGAGGUGAGAGUAACUGUCUUGCCUUCCCUAUACAUUGUGAAGAGGUUAAAUCCAUAUUUAGUUUUAACUGGAUUGCUGGUGUUAUGUAAAAGAUUUGUUUAUGAAUGUAUAUUUUUCUCUCUUUUUUCUUGUAAAUUGUAUUGAAGUGACCAGAUAAAAGAAAAAUGGUUACAGUCUACCCCCUUUUUCUUUAAAAGAACAAUUUACCCAAAAAUGAAAAUUCUGUCUUGAUUUACUCACCCUUAUGUUUUUACCAAACCUGAAUGACUUUAUUUCUUCAGGGGAACACAAAGGAGAUGUUAGGCGGAAUUUUAGACUCAGCAUCAAAUUUCUUCACAAUUUCUCAUAUGGGUUUGGAACAACAUGAGGGUGAUUAAAUGAUGACAGAAUUUUCAUUUUUGACUAAAUUGACUACAUUUUAGCAUUGUAAAUUAGGUUUAUGGACAGUUUACAUUCAACUGUGUGUGUUCAUUAUUAAUAAUACCCUCUCCAUUCUUUAUUGAUAUUAAACAAAACUAUACACUCAAUAAUAAUUAUGGCAGUUUUCAGAGAAAUUGUUUCUUUUAGUACCACAUUGCCUUAUUACAACACACUGAGUAAUGUAUGUAGCAGUAUGUCCAUGUGAUCACACAUGCACACGCUCACAGAAAAGUAAAAAGAUGGAAUAACGUGACAGAAAAUGUGUGUAUCGACAUAUUAUAUUGUGAAUUACCACUGUAAAAUGUUUUUAAAGUUCCAGUACAGCACUUGUGUAAAUUCUGA